UUAAAGGGUCCUUUAUUACCUAUGUAAUUUCAAUUUCAUAUCUACGUGCUAUGACAAACAAAACACUAAUUCUCCGUUAUGGGUUCAAUUAAUCAUGAACGUUGAUAUUUCUACUUGGCACCCGCCAAGAUUUAAUGUACGCUUAAUAUUUUAUGUUGGCAGCUUUAAAGAUUUCAACCUUCUCCCUGUUCAAACCUCAAAUACCUCAAAGUUCAAAUUCAUAAAGCUGAAUUCAAACUUGUAUCGUUAAUUGUGUAAUAAGCUCAGGCCCCGCCUAUGCGCAUUCAAAUAAACUGGAA